AUGCGCCUCCGGACAUUGGGUCUGUGCGUCCGCAAGAAUGUCGUGCACCCCUCGGUGUUUCAAGCCCUCGGCUUCCACUCCCACAACUGGUCAUCAGGUCACAGGAUCAUGCAGAUAUCACGCAAAGAAUUGUCUGAAGAGCUCCGACUGACAGCGGCUGUUCUUCCGGGAUUCAUGACAUCGUGCUUCGGACCAUCCUACGGCAAGCACGCGUCGUUUAUCUUUCUGCAAGAAGCCGCUGCGCAGCUCUUGGAGUCAUCCUGGAGGAAUGUAAUUGCGGGGGUGGCCACCUCAAGCCGGGCUAACACGAGCUCAGGAUUUGAUCCGCCAAUUAAUAUUUCCGGAGUCGAGCUCUCUGAGAACACCAAGACCGCCCUUUCAUGUGGCCCCAAGUUUGCACCGGACUCCCAGGUGCCGAGAAUCGAUCAGCUAGCUGCGGUGCAUCAGGUGGCAUCAACGGUUCCAGAAAAAGAACGCCACGAGUUCCUGGGAGCAGCGGUGCGAUCCGUGUGCACCCACCCUGUGCCGGCGCCCUCCACCAAGUUCUCCGUCAAGUCAGCUGUGGAUGAACUCCGAUCUUCAGACCUCAAGCUUCUUGAGGCCGACAAGACUGGAGGUUUCGUCGUCAUGGGUGAGGACCAGUACCGACAGAGGGUAGAACAAGCUCUUGACAAAAACUUUCGUCGAGUAAAGGGGCGGCCUUCGGGGUCUGUUCGGUCCAGAGUUAAAGAGCUGUGCUCCGAGCUUAAUCUCCCGAAACUCAAAAGUUCCGUCAUGAAACCAUCCAAGCAGUACUUAUCCCUGUUCUUCUCAGCGAAGACUCACAAACCGGAAUUACCCUUCCGCUCCAUUGUUUCGGAAGGCGGAAGCUGGCAGAAGCCCCUUGCGCUUUUUCUCCAAAAACACCUCUCCCUUCUCACCCCUUCCCAGCCGUUCCGAAUUCGUAACUCUAACGAGCUAAUUACGGUUUUGACUCCCUUACAUAACGCGCCCGUUCCACUGUCAGUGUUUUCUUACGACAUCGAGGAUAUGUAUUAUAGUUUAGACAUUCCUUUCCUAAUUAAGUGCGUUGAUGAGGCCAUCAAUGAGUUCGGCCUGUGCAGGUUCCAGAACGCUUCAGGCAUUCCACUGUCUGGGUUUAUCCAGUUGCUCCAGCUUUACCUCCGCUCUACAAUGAUUGAGCAAAACGGAGAAGUGUUUAUUAAAAAAUCAGGUGUAUGCAUUGGGUCUUGCCUGGCACCGGUGCUGAGUGAAAUCUAUCUUUCCUUCGUAGAUAGGACAAUCGACGAGGAACUACGGAGCAUCGUGCCCGGAUGUCAGGUAGUGCGCUAUGUGGAUGACUAUCUUGUAAUUCACCCCACAGAAACCCCGGUCCAUUCUAUUUCGCCUUGUUUUCUCAGCGCGGCAGGCAGCCUCAACUUUAAGAGAGAGGACCCCACGGAGGAGGGACUGCAGUACUUAGACAUCAGGUUGAAUACGACUGAGAGGGGUAUCUGCUGGGCGUUUCGGCAACGUUCGGAGAAACCAGUUCUUCCCUUUUCCAGCUCCCAUUCCAGGUCCGUUAAGACGGGGGUGGUCACUUCGUUGAUCACCUCUGCACGUAGCAGGUCGUGCAGUCACCACUCAACCUCGAGUGCGAAAACACAAUUUAACCGCCUUCUCAAGGCAGGGUACCCGAUGGACCUUCUCAGUUCUGUCACGCAGAGGCUCAUCGUAAAUCGAACUCCCCGCACCUCACGGGCUGCUCCGGGCGGGAGGAUCGCCUGCAUUCCCUACAUGCAUAACGUGGCGCACCGCGUCAAGUCUCUCGCGUCCCGCUUUGGCACCAAGGUCAUUUUCAAAUGCAGGUUCAAACUGGGUUCCAUGUGCAAACUGGUUAACAACGCCAGUUCCCCCCCAGCAUGUGCAAAAAAACACGGCUCUCAAUUCGUUCGAUGCGCAAAAGAAAAAGUCUACUCGAUUCCUUUGACCUGCGGUGCGGAAUAUAUCGGCCAAACAGGCCGAUGCAUAAAUGAUCGCCUCCGAGAACACCACAUUGAAUGCGCGUCACAGCCAGAGGGGUCAUUGCAUCCUAUUAUAGUUCACGGUAAGGAGUGCCAGGCAUGCACGCCUUUGUUCAACGAGACCAAAGUAGUUGGGGGACACCGGGAGCGCUAUGGGAGGGAGAUAAUUGAAGCUUAUAGGAUGACUACCACCAAGAAUAACAUUGCUUCCCCAUCCCUCUCGUUGACAAAACCAGAACUGGUGUUUCUGAGGCCGGCGUUGCAUACCAGGGAGAAGAAGCUUAUCUCCUAUGCAGCCUCCUUCUUCUUCGGUGCUCUGGACAAACUCGUGAUCCACAGGCACUUAAACAACGUCUUUGCAUAUGAAUGGUAUUUCGACCGCUUCGAUAACAUAAUUCUCAUGACUGUACUGACUGCGCAUCUUCACUUAACCAACCUUCGUUCAUAUGGUAUCGAAGUGGAUCUACCAAAGGUGUUCAAACGCAAUCCGAAUGGUCUGCAGAAAAAUUUCUGCAUCCAGCAAGCCUGCAGCAUUGGUGUUGCCGGUGCUCUGAACGCUAGUAGUGAUGGCUUGGUUUUCGCUGCUACCCGAUGA